AUGAAUUCAUUAUACAGCGACCGCAAGCACCCUCGCAAGCUGUGCCUUUUCGACGUUGACGGAACUCUAUCCCUCGCACGUCAAAGUAUCACACCCGAAUUCCACUCGUUGCUUGCCAAGCUACGACACGAAUGCGUUAUCGGCGUCGUUGGUGGAUCCGACCUCAAAAAGGUUCGUGAACAGCUGCAGAUUACCGAAAGGGACUUUAUCAACGAGUUUGAUUACGUGUUUGCAGAGAACGGAUUGACAGGGUUUCAGGAUGGAAAACAGUUGGCUAGUCAGAGUUUCAUCGGUUGGUUGGGUGAGGAAAAGUACAAGAAACUGGUCAAGUUCGUGUUGAGGUAUAUCAGCGGACUGGAUAUUCCUAUCAUGCGCGGUACUUUCGUCGAGUUUAGAAACGGAAUGAUCAACAUCAGUCCCAUUGGAAGGAAUGCUUCCAUCGACGAAAGAAUCGAAUUCGAAAAAUACGACAAGAUGCACAACAUUCGCACCACCUUCGUCUCGGCUCUCAAAUCCGAAUUCCCAGAUUACGGCCUAACUUAUUCCAUCGGAGGGCAAAUCUCAUUCGACGUCUUCCCGCAUGGUUGGGACAAGACUUAUGCUCUCCGAAACAUCGCCAUCGACGGCGGGAAAGCGGAAGGAAGCAAGAUGGCAAAGGAUCUGGGUUGGGAAGAGAUUCAUUUCUUCGGUGACAAGACGUACAAGGGUGGAAAUGACAACGAGAUUUUUGAAGAUGAAAGGACUAUUGGACAUACAGUCAAGAAUCCCGAGGAUACGCAGAGUCAGUUGAGGCAUUUGUUCGGCUUGAAGUGA